CUGGAGGGCACUGGAGGGAAAGGGGUACCGGGUGGGAGAAGGGCGGUAGGCAUGUCUGCCAGUAAAGACAAAGACCUGCAGGGUGGCGUGGUGGUGACAGUCAUCAAGAGCUCGAUAGAGCGUCGCCAUUGCGACCAGCAACGAGCUUCGCUGUGUUCCACGCAACAGUGCUCGGCAACCUUCGUCUCCGCUGGGAUCACAGUCCAUGGCAAAGCUCGUUGGCCGACAGACGUAGAACAUGGCGUCACGUGUACAAACACCUGUGGGCUGUCAGAGAUGUCUCGGUUCUUGACUUCUUUCCUUCGUUUCGUUUGACAUUUUUUCCGCUGUCACAAGCGACGCCGAACCUGCGACCCAAAUUUCAAUUCCUUCCACUCCAUCGGUGGUGACUGAUAUUUGUGUAGAGUACACCUUACUCCACGCUCGCCAACAUGGCAGAUACCCUCCGACCUCUCAACUCCAACACAGGUCGGAGGCGAACAAUCGUUCGCCUGACACCCAACUCAAACACCCGCAACAAGCCCUUCGACAGGCAGAGCCUGGACCGUGGGGAACACCCGGAGAGCGGUCGGCCACCCCGUCACUUCAAGUUAGAGAACUCAUACCGCAUGAAACCUGAGCAGGACGAGGAGCGCUUCGAGUCGUGGCGGGUGGAACAGAUGAUGCUUCAGGUGCUGCAGGAACGCCUGGCAGACGUCUCCUAUGACUACUUCCGGUGCCAGACGUUGGCCAAGGAGCUGGCCGCGGAAAUACAGAGUCGUGCUAGAGACUUCCGCUGGGCGCGCUACAAGAUCCUCUGCCAGGUGACCCUUGGGCAGAAAACUCAGCAGAGUGUGCAAGUGGCCAGUCGAUGUUUAUGGGACCAGGCUGUGGACAACUACGCGUCAGUCACCUGCACCCAGUCUGUCUUUGCCGUGGCGCAGUGCUACGGUGUCUACUAUGAAUGACGUGGUCUCCAACGGUCUCGGGACAUACAUACCCCACGUCGUCGCAGUCUCCGCUUCGCUGAACUUCAAAGUCAACUUAGUUCCACGGAUUCCCAAAAGGGACAGUCUGUAUUGACUGCACGCGAUGUGUUUCUUUAAUUUUUCGCUCCACAGGCUAACAGUAGAUUUCUGCUACUUUAUGUCGCGUUGGCAUGUGGAUUAUCAUUCUGUUGGUAUUGUCACGUGACACCAGCUCGCGAAUUUUCGCCAGAUGAAGGAUCGGGCUAUGAUCACCCUCGCUAGUCUCGAUGAUGUCACGACCUGUUCUUGAACGGUGUCACGUUGUUUUAAAGACCACGAUCCUCUUUUAAAAAGUAAUUAUCAGUUGACGAUUUUCAUAAUUCAGAUCACAUGUUAUUAUCUUCUUAACACUGUAGGUGAUUUUUAGCCCAAAUGAUGUCUAUUGAUUAGUUGUUAUUAUUCAAAUUGGUUUUGUCACUCUCACGCCACUAAUUUACUUUCUGAAUCCAUGUAUUACCUCAUUUACAUGGAAGUUGUGAGCUAAAUGUGAUUCCCAACAUUGGACGGGUUGACUGAUCUGUGUAUAAGGCUGUCUGUCAGCCUGAUUAUGAUUGUCCAAAAUAGAAGUGCUUAGUAUUGACCAAGGGUUUUGAAUGAUCAAUGCUACUUUGUAUUAAUGAAGUUUUAUGGAACAUUUAUAAUGACAAUUUCAUGUUUCAUGUUUUAAUGUUUCAAUCAUUUUACAAUGAUUUUGCAUUUUUGAUACCAGCCAGUAAUCAUUGUCUGAAGCACAGCUGAGACUAUGGUCAGGCCAGGUGGUACAUUAUCAUACAAAAAGUUAAUAAAAACGUAAAAACAGA